CGGGACUAAUAUAAAUCGCUGGUGAUGUUGGGUGCGGCUGGUCCAUGCUGAGCAGCCGGCGAUAAGAUCGAGACCAAAUAGAGUGCAUCUUCUAUUCUUACUACAAACCAGCUUGGAAUUCAAAGAGAGCGAACCGGAUUACAUACUAAGGAUCAAAAUGCUAGACACAACCAGCAGCCAGUUCAACUCCUUCCUGUUUUGGAGGCAGCCCAUCCCAUCGCUGGACCUGUCAGAGCUGGAAGACAUUGGCAUUUCUAAUGCCAAGUCCAAAGAAUGGAAGUCAACCAAGAGCUCCCGAAAACCCCUGGGACAGGAGGAAGAAGAGGAUUUAGAUCUGUUAAAGUACUCCUCCUUCAACUACUGGAAAGAGCCCAUCCCUAGUAUCGAUACCUUGGAUUUCUGCCUGCUGUUAUAAAGCUCUGCGACGCAAUUCUCAGUUCCUAUCCAAAUCUGUGUUUAAAG